UCAAGCCCAACCACCAAAAAUGCCAAUUAGUAAAACCGGUAAUUACUAAAUUCAAUCUCAUUUUUCUUGCCUCUAUAAUUCUCUUAUGCUUCCUACAUCCGAUCGCACUUAUAUAAUCCUUAUUCUUCCAAUCCAACCAUUUCCAAAACAUCUGCCGUUAAAAAUAUUCUUAUAAUGCCUCAAGUUGAUCUGGAAACCCUAGUGGCGGCCUGCGCCGGCGGAGGAAACGACCGGAAAAUAACCUGCGAAACCCUCGCUGCCGACGACGACAACGCCGCGACGUCAGACAUCCCGCCGGAGUCGUUCUGGCUAUCGAAAGACGCAGAAUACGAGUGGUUCGACCGGAACGCGUUUUACGAGCGAAAGGAUUCAACCAGAGGCAACUCCAAUUCAAUUUCAAGUUCAACCCACCACGCUGCUGCUAGUGCUACCUCCAACUCCAAUCCCCAGCGGAGCUUCAAGUCCAUCAUCGGCCUGCCGAAAACACAAAAAACCGCCUUCGUCGAGUCCAAACGCCGCGCCUGCAAACCGCCCAACAUAAGGUUGUUUCCCAAGCGGUCCGGUUCGUCUGCAGGGAAACCGACGGCUGAACCGGGUUCACCCAAGGUCUCCUGCAUGGGGAGGGUCAGAUCUAAGCGAGCCCGGCGACGGUCCAACUCCAUCAGAAAGACAAACGAUAAACCGGCUGAGAAGAAGAAAACCGGGCUCUACUCGAAGGUGAUGAGCCUGUUCGGGUCGAAGAAGAAGGCGCCCAGGUCAGGGAGCCGGAGAGUGAUGGAGAGUAUCCACGAACCGGCGCGGAUAAGCGUGAGUGUGAAAGCACCGGUUUGUAGCGAACCGCCCGGUUUGGGUGGGAUGACCCGGUUUGCAUCGGGGAGGCGGCCGAGGAGUUCAAUCCAGCUGUGAGGUGACACAAAGUCUUUGGGUAGAUCGGAAUAUUGGAGUUGUUGCGUGACGUGGCAGCUUGCAUAACUGUUUCCAGAUAUGCCAUUUUCUUGACGCCUUUCGUUUUCUUUUCUUUUUAAAAAUGCUUGUUCAUGGUAAGAUUUUUGAGUUGGUGAAUAUAGGUAAGAAAUAUCAAAUUAUAUACGAGCGGUGGUAAAUAUACUUUUUUUUUUUUUUUUUUGUGUUAGAAUUGUAAUUUCUUCUGCUUAAUAGUACUUUAUUCUCUACUUCAAUAAUCAAUCAUGUGCAGUGCUUCAAAUUAGUCCAUUAUAUAAAAAGGGAUCUUGUUUGCAUGUUAUAUAUGAUUUACAUCUUAAAAUUA